UUUUUUUUUUCAAUUAAAAUUAAUUAUGUUAAUUAUCAAUUUGGUAAAUGAAUGUGCAAAAACUGCAGAAGAAGCUAUUAAUAAUAAGUCAGAAGAUUUAAAAUCCAUCAGUUUAAAGAUUCACGAAAAACCGGAAUUAGCUUUUAAAGAAAAAUUUGCUCAUGAUUUAUUGGUUAAAUAUCUCAAAGACGAAGGAUUUGAAGUAACAUGUAAUGCAUACGGUAUUGAAACAGCGUUUGUAGCAGAGUUUUCAUCCAAAGGUGGUGGAGGAAAGGUUGUUUCAUUUAAUUCUGAGUAUGAUGCUCUUCCAGGAAUUGGUCACGCUUGCGGUCACAAUCUGAUUGCGAUUAGUGGAGUUGCUGCUGCAAUUGCGAUAAAGGCCGUAUUUGAAAAGCAUAAAAUUCCUGGAAAAGUGAAAUUAUUUGGUACCCCUGCUGAAGAGGGUGGAGGUGGCAAAAUUUUUAUGAUCAAAGCAGGUGCUUAUGAUGAUGUAGACGUUUCUUUAAUGGUUCAUCCUAGUCCUUUUGAUGGAAGUUUUUACUCCUAUUUUGCCGUAGAAUCUUUUGAUGUUGAAUAUUUUGGAAGAAACGCGCAUGCUUCUGGUAUUCCAUGGGAAGGAAUUAACGCAUUAGAUGCUAUGGCUUCAGCAUAUAGUAGUAUUGGAUUAUUAAGACAACAAAUCAAGCCUACAGAUAGAAUUCAUGGAAUUAUAACUAAUGGUGGAGAAGCGCCAAAUGUUAUUCCUGAUUAUACGUCCGCGGAUUUUAUUAUUCGUUCAAAAACGAUUGAAGAACUAAAUGAUCUGAAAACACGUGUUUAUAAUUGUUUUGAAGCAGCUGGUAAGGCAACUGGAUGUACAGAAGCAAAUGGGACUAAGGAUCCUAAAAUCACUCCGAAGACCAAAUAUUUUGAUGUGAAUUCAAAUAUUCCAUUGGGUGAAAGAUAUGAGAAACAUCUUAGAAAAUUUGGAAUAGAUUUUAAGCCAAGAAUAGAACAAGUUAAUACAGUAUUAGGAUCAACUGAUCAAGGAAACGUAACUUAUAUAAUUCCUGGUAUUCACGCUUUAUAUGAUAUAAAACCUCCUAUAGGAAGUGGAAAUCAUACGAUUGGUUUCACGGAUAUUUGUAAAACUGAUCUUGCACAUGAUGCUACAUUUAUUGCUUCAAAAGGAAUUGCAUUAACUGCUUUGGAUUUUUUGAUUGAUGAUGAAUUUGUUAAACAAGUUAAAGAUGCUUUUAAUGGCGGUCCUAGUUGGAAAGAUUCGAUGUAAUAUUUUAUAUUUUUGUAUCAUAUUUAUUCAUUUAUAUUCAUUAUGUAUUAUUUAUUAUUAUUAUCGAUUAAAUAAAAAUUUAACCAUUGA